UUUAACAUUGCUAUGGAAUAAAUAAAUCCAUUCUCUAAUAGUUAAAUUUUAGACAUUUUCUAUCCAAGCAUACAAUUACUACUUAAAUAUGUGAGAAAGGAAUAUUGGUGUAAAUUCGAAAUCGAUUAAUUCAAAUUGGUUACCUUUUCCACUCCUUUUUAAAAUCUUGAAAUUAGGAACUUGUAAUCUCAACCCUCUUAUUGAUACUACGAGUUUGUUUACUGUUUCUCUCUUAAUUUCACUACUGAUGUUUGUCGACUAGUUUGUAAGAUAAAUUAACCUUUUUUAUUAUUAUAUGAAACAUCAACUAUUAUUAAUAUCUAUUGUUUCCACUUUUAGAUGAUUCAGAUGGACAGUUAUGUUUACCUCAAGUUGGAACUAUUUUGACAUUUGCAUGUCCAAGACAUUUAGCAAUUCGUGCAGUUCAUACAAUUCAUAAAAUAUCUUUAAAUUGGUUAACUGUCAAUAAUGUUUCAUCUAAUGAUAUACCUAAAAAUAGUUCACGAAUUAAAUCAAAUCAAUCCAAUGUUGUGUGGGAAACCAAAUAUCAUCCAUUAGUUUUAUCUUUAUUAGCUUAUUGGCAGUCAAAUCUAUUCGUUCGAAGACAAUCUAACCUAACCUUAAUCACCUUGACUAAAGAUGCAAUUGGACAUCAAGGAUUAUUAAAUGAUUGUACUACAAAUAUGUUUGAAACGAAUCAAUCAAUUUCAUCAAAUAUAUCUGGUAGAAUAAAUAUUCCCACCGGAAGUAAAUCAACUAUUCCAGUUGGAACAGACAAUUUACCUUGUGAUCCUGCUUCAUUAAUCUCUUCAGGUACAUCAGAUCAUGCUCAUUGGGAUGAACCAAGACUUUUAUUGGAUUGUUUAUUAGACUGUUUCAAAUCUCAUCCAGAUGAUUUUGAUCUACUGUUUGUUAUUACAAUCGGUGUAACACGUCUACGGUAUGUGGCAGAUCUUUAUCCACUACGUUGUUUAUUAGUUAAGUUGAUUUCUGAAUCUGAUCUUACAUGGCAUCGUCAAUUAUUCCUUCAUUUUAUCACCACUGUGAAAAACCGUUUGAACUUUUUGAAUAGAAGUAAUUCGCCUGAAUUCAGUCCGAUUGCUUUUGGAAUGUAUAAUCCAAUUUCAACAGAAGAUAUGUACAAAUUAUUAGCUCAUCUUAUUCUGCCAUGCCUAUCAAAUGCUUUGGAACGUGGAGAAAAUGAAAUAUUUUUGGUGGACCUCCGAAACCUUUUGAAAUGAAUA